UAUAUUUCUUGAUCCAAAAUUGAAAAAUGCUAUUUUACAAAAUGAUAUUUUAGACCUUUUAGUCAAAUUUUAUAAUAAUGGAGUAAUAGGUUAUCAAUUUACUACUCCAGGAGAUAUAUCAGGAAUUAAUCAAAUAUCUGUAUUUCUUAAAAUAAUUCAAUAUAGGCAAUUAAAACUGAUGUCAAAAAUUUUUGAAUUUACAUUCUUGGCUUGUUAUAUCAAAUCCUUAAGAAUUCUAACAAGAUUUGUUGCUUAA